AGAGCGAGGGCGUCCUUCUAGGGUGGGGCGUUUACUUGCAAAUGACAACCGCUUGUUCCAGCAGUGGGGGCCUUGCACGAAAGCAAACCGCCCGAUUAAGUAGCAGUUGCUUCUCUGAUGGGCCCAGUGAGGGGGGCAUUCUCCCUCAGUUCUUACCAACCUCAGGUGUGUAAUCGACAUCUAACUUAUCAUCUUCUUUUUUCAUGCAAGCCUGACCUCAGCUGUCCAUUUCUUAUUCAUUCAGGGUGCCCCUAGUGGAUUUGGCGGUGCUCCUUUCUCAAACCAGAACAACUCAGAACAUUAGGGAAAAUAAGGGAAGACCACCUGAGCGAACCGACCGAAGGGACUUUACUUAUCCAAACCGAACGUUAGCGGCUUUAGCUAAGCCUAUCACGAGCUGCGUUGCUGCUUGAUCGGCAGGGAGGAAGAUCUCAAAGUAUGGGGCAAAGGAUCAAGCGCUUUGACUUUGCUUUGUCCCCCGGGAUCCACCACAGGUUGGGUUUGAGAGCCGUGUGAUGGGUGACUAUCUAGCAUGGUUCAGAGAGCACGUCUAUGUAGUCUGCGCUGGUGAAUGGAAGCCCCCGCCGCAAAAAAAGAAGUGGCUCUUCCCACGGCUCUGUCACAUUGACUUUAUUUAUUAUUAUGGUAAAUCAUUGUACCAAGAUGUCAAUCUUAGAUCUUAUUUUAGUUCGAUACGUCCACCUACGAGACUCACCUUUGGCUUUCGUCUCAGUAGGUAUAUUAUUCUACAUUUUCCCAAAAGGACAAUAAUUCAUUUCUUUCUUCCCCGUUGACCACUAUGACUAAAAUGACACGACAAAUCAAGACCCGGAAAGGAUAAGGGCCGGUGGUCGGCAUUUGGGAAAGUCGGGCUGAUCGGGUGUCUUCAUUCAAGCAAGGGUACAAAGGAAGUACGAAACAAAGUGAUAGGCCAGGGGGCAGGGAAAAGAGUCGAGUUGAUCGACCGGGAGAAGCAAAACAAAAUCCGGAUUUGGCCGAAAAAGAUGCAACGUUAUGGAUACCAUGACCGAUCACCAUCGAGAAAGAAGAACUUUUCUAAAUUACUUCGGGUGAGCGGGGCCUUCAAGCAUCCAAAAUACACCGGGGUUGUAAAUGAUAGAGCGUUCCUGAUAGAAAAAGAGGACUCCUUCAGAAAAACAAAGUUAUUCAAGUUUUUUUUACCAAAGAAAUCCCGCUCUGACGGGCCGACGAGUCAUCUACUAAAAAGGACCCUCCCCGCUGUGCGCCCCUCCUUGAAUUAUUCAGUCAUGUAAUACUUUUUUAAUACAAAGAACAAAAUGCAUUUUGACCCCAUCGUAGUUCUCAGUCAUUUUGUGGCACCGGGUGUGGCUGAACCAUCUAUGAUGGGGGGAGCAAAGGGAGGAAGCAUAGAUAAGAGAAUACACUCUCACAUCGCUUUUUUUGUAGAAAGCUGACCAGUGAGAAAAAGUGUUUGGCCCGAGCCAAAAAGAGGUUGAUCCACUUCAUUCGCCAAGCGAAUGAUCUUCGCUUCGCGGGAACAACAAAAACCACCAUCUCGCUCUUUCCUUUCUUCGGUGCUACCUUUUUUUUCCAAGGGAUGGGGCUGGGGUGUAUAAUAACCCUUUUUUUGAGUAUGCCCGGGAAUAACUCCUAGGUCAAUUAAGGAUCAAAUGUAGGAACCUCAUGGGUAAGGAUAAGGUAAUGGAAUUGAUAGAGAAAUUCAUAGACCUAGGUCGGAUAGGCAAAUUGAUAAAGGGAAUAGAGAUGAUGAUAGAGAUCAUACCGAGAAAGAGGAUAAUUCUGUACGGGUACAACUCUUAUUUGAACAAAGUGCAAAAAAUGCGAUCUUUUUUGUCUAAUAGAACAAACACUAAUACCUUAAUUGAGUCGGUAAAGAUCAAAUCAGUUUAUCAAAGUGCUUCUCUGAUUGCUCAAGACAUGUCUUUUCAACUGAGGAACAAUCCAAUGUCAUUUCGUUCCAUUUUUAGUAAAAUAGUGAAGGAUAUUCCAUUAAUAAUGCCAAAAGGGGUGGAGGGGAUACGUAUUUGUUGUUUUGGUCGAUUAGGGGGUGCGGAAAUAGCUAGAACUGAAUGCGGAAAGUAUGAAAAAAACAUCUUGUAAUGUAUUUAACCAGAAAAUUGAUUAUGCUCUUGCGGAAGUAUCUACUCGUAAUGGAAUUUCAGGUGUCAAAGUGCGGAUCUCAUAUAGUCAAAAUAAGAAGGGACGUGCUAUAUC